UGGGCGCGGAGCGGCGCGGUUGGGCGCGGAGCGGAGCGGAGCCCCGCGGCCCUUCCCCGGCCCCUGCCCGGCCGGGCCAUGCUCUAGCGGUGCCGGUACCGGGGCGCGGGGCCGAACGGGGCGGCGGAGCGGGGCAGCGGCCACCCCCCCGCGCCCCCUGCCCGGAGCGCGGCCGGGACGGGAGCAUGCGGAUCCUCUUCCUCUGCCUUCUGACUCUCGCUGAUACCCACGGGCAAGCGGCACAGACGCGGUUCGUGGAGGAGCCGGAGGACCAGACGGUGGUGGCCGGCCAGAGGAUCGUCCUCUCCUGCGUGGUGCUCAAUUAUUCCGGGAUCGUGCAAUGGACCAAAGACGGCCUCGCCCUGGGGAUGGGGCAGGGGCUCAAAGCCUGGCCGCGUUACCGCAUCGUGGGCACGGCCGACUCGGGCCAGUACAACCUGGAGAUCACCGACGCCGAGCUCUCCGAUGACGCCGUGUACGAGUGCCAGGCCACCGAGGCCGCGCUGCGGUCCCGCCGCGCCAAGCUCACCGUGCUGAUCCCCCCCGAGGACCCCACCAUCGACGGAGCCCCCGAGAUCUUGCUGCGGGCGGGGACGCCGUACAACCUGACCUGCCGGGCACGCAGCGCCAAACCGGCGGCCACCAUCGUCUGGUACCGGGACGGGCUCCAGCAGGACGGAGCCAUCACCAGCACGGAGGUGUUGGCCGACGGCAAGCGGGAGACGACCACCAGCCAGCUGGCCAUCAACCCCACCGACCUUGACAUUGGGCGGGUGUUCUCCUGCCGCAGCACCAACGAUGCCAUCCCGGCGGGCAAGGAGACCUUCGUCAAGCUCAACGUGCACCAUCCCCCGACUGUCACCCUGUCCAUCCAGCCCCAGACGGUGCAGGAGGGCGAGAGGGUCGUGUUCACCUGCAUGGCGACCGCCAACCCCGAGAUCAAAGGCUACAGGUGGGCCAAGGGGGGGGUGAUCAUCGAGGAGGCCAAGGAGAACAAGUACGACACGCAGGUGGAUUACACCUUCUUCACGGAGCCAGUCUCCUGCGAGGUGCACAACGACAUCGGCAGCACCAACGUCAGCACGCUGGUGGAUGUGCACUUUGCCCCCCGGAUCGUGGUGGACCCCAAACCCACCAUCACGGAUAUCGGCUCCGACGUGACGCUGACGUGCGUGUGGUCCGGCAACCCGCCGCUGACCCUCACCUGGACCAAAAAAGAGUCCAACAUGGUCCUGAGCAACAGCAACCAGCUGUACCUGAAGUCCGUCACGCAAGCCGACGCGGGGCAGUACGUCUGCAAAGCCAUCGUCCCCCGCAUCGGCGUGGGCGAGCGCGAGGUCACGCUCUUCGUCAACGGACCCCCCAUCAUCUCGAGCGAGGCGGUGCAGUACGCCGUGCGCGGGGACCGCGGCAAGGUGGAGUGUUUCAUCGGCAGCACGCCGCCGCCGGACCGCAUCGCGUGGGCCUGGAAGGAGAACAUUUUGGAGGCAGGGACGCUGGAGCGGUACACGGUGGAGCGGACUAACACGGGCAGCGGGGUCCUCUCCACCCUCACCAUCAACAACGUCAUGGACGCCGAUUUCCAGACCCGCUACAACUGCACGGCCUGGAACAGCUUCGGGCCGGGAACUGCCAUCAUCCAGCUGGAGGAAAAAGAAGUUUUGCCCGUGGGCAUCAUCGCCGGUGCCACCAUCGGGGCCAGCAUCCUCGUCAUCAGCUUCCUCGUCGCGCUCGCCUGCUUCCUUUACCGGCGCCGGAAAGGAAGCCGCAAGGAUGUCACCCUGCGCAAGCUGGACAUCAAGGUGGAGACGGUGAACAGGGAGCCCCUGACACUGCACGCGGACCGCGAGGAGGACACGGCCAGCGUCUCCACGGCCACCCGUGUCAUGAAGGCCAUCUACUCGUCGUUCAAGGAUGACGUGGACUUGAAGCAGGACCUUCGCUGUGACACCAUCGACACCCGUGAGGAAUAUGAGCUCAAGGACCCCACCAACGGCUACUACAACGUCCGCGCCCACGAGGAUCGCCCGUCCUCUCGCACCGUCCUCUACGCCGACUACCGCAACCCCGGCCCGGGCCGCUACGACACCCGCCCGCCCUCCCGCCUCUCCCACUCCAGCGGUUACGCUCAGCUCAACACCUACAGCCGUGGCCCCACGUCCGACUACACCACCGAAACGGCUCCGGGUCCCGGCCCCGCUCCCGGCACGGCAGGCGGCGAGACGGCAAGCCAGCUUUCUUACGAGAACUACGGGGGUCACGCCGCUUUCCCGGCCGGCGCCGGUUAUACCACCUACCGCCUGGGGUACGGGCAGCCCCCCAGCUUGGAACGGGCGCCCUACGACGCCUACGACCCCAUGGGCAAGUACGCCAGUGCCACCCGUUUCUCUUACACCUCCCAGCACUCGGACUACGGGCAGCGCUUCCAGCAGCGGAUGCAGACGCACGUCUAGGGCGGGCGGGGGCUGGCGGGCGGCGCCGAAGCCCGGGGAGGGGACACACACACACACACACACACACAAAGGCAGCGGGGGUCCACAGGUACCUCACGACUGUCCCCUGAUAUUCAGGGGCUCAUCCUGACCCUCCUGCCCCGCUUCUCCUCCGGCGGCUGGACUCCACGCGCCGUGCCACACACACCCCCACCCCCCCCCCUUCACAACCCGCCGCCAUCCCGGGGUUUGCUGGCGGCGGGGAUGAGCCGCCGAGUCUUUUCGAGCUUCCACUCAUUCAGUUCUUUCUUUUCGGUACCUUCCCGGAGGAGGGAGAAGAUUGGGGGGGCAUCCUCCCCGCUAUGCCCACCCCCGUGUCCGUCCCCGUCCCCGUGUCCCCCCCCCCCAUCUCACCCAGACUCAGCGGGUGCGUGCGGGUCCGCGCGGCUGUCGGGGCCGGCUCUGCAGCCCCCGCUGCCCCGCAGCCCCCUUCCCCGAGUUCUGUGGGGCCGGAUCCUUCCCCGAGUUCUGUGGGGCCGGAUCAUUCCUCGAGUUCUGUGGGGCCGGAUCCUUCCCCGAGUUCUGUGGGGCCGGAUCCUUCCCCAAGUUCUGUGGGGCCGGAUCCUUCCCCGAGUUCUGUGGGGCCAGAUCCUUCCCCGAGUUCUGUGGGGCUGGAUCCUUCCCCAUGUUCUGUGGGGCCAGAUCCUUCCCCGAUGGGUCCCCAGCACCCCCGAGCCAGCACCCGCCUCACCCUCCUCUGCAGGAGCGAGGGGCUGCACACGAGCUGCCCCCCCCAGAAACUCCUCCGCCCCCCAUCCCAUCCAGAGCCCAAAGUGGGGGAGCAGGGAGGUGCUGUAUGUGUGUAUAUCCAUGUACAUACAUAUAUGCAAUGCCCCGUUUCUGGGUUUAUCCAAAAAAGCCCCGUCCCAGCCCAUUUCCAUUCCCUGUGCCUUGAUUUCGGAGACAGCCCCCCCCCCCCCCCCCAACCUUGGGGCCGGCUCCCCCCUUCCCCAUCCAUCCCACCUACCAACAGCCCCCCCCCCCCCCGCCCCACUCAGAGCCGCGAGCAGGGGGUGCCCCGGGGGCCCCAGAGAGCUCAGAGCAGCCGACCCCCCCCCCCCCGGCGUGUGUCCCCCCCCCCCUUCCAACACGCACACUCGUACCUGUGGGACAGGCAGCUGUGAGUUUCCACCCCAAACAACACCCCAAACAACACCCGGUUGGGCCGGCCGGUUCUGUUCCACCACCCCCACUGCCACUGGCCGAUGUGGGGGUGCACCGGGGUGGGGGGGGGGGUGGGGGGUCCCUCUUCUGAAUGUAUAUAAAGGUGUAUAUAGGGUGUAAGCACCCUCCCA